UUUGGUUUUGUCUGUGUGUUUGCUUGUUCCCCUUGCACUCCCACUCCCCACUAACUCUCACGGUUUGGUAACACGCUGAGACCCACAUUAAAAAUAAUUUUUCAUCCAGAUGUUCAGAAGAGUCUUAGUCCUAUAAGACUGUAAAACAAAACAUAACAGAAAAAGCACUUUGGUUAUAAACAAAAUAGAUUUAUUUACAUCAAAAUUUUGACAAUACUUUAAUUCAAAAUUUUAAUUCAACCUCUUCGAACCAAUAAAGACGCUGAUAAACACAUGUUAAACAGCUGAUCUGUGUGAGCACCACACACACAAACACACACAAAACUCACCUGAUUUUCUGCAAAUGAAGAGGGGAGGAGCAACACUGACCAUGUGAUCGAGGUACACGAGAAGAGGGAGGUGAACCUGAAGCUGAAAAUGUUCAGUCAGGUCAGACUCAUUUUGCGUUGACGGAGCAGAAGGAGGAAAACUGAAGGCGGAGGCAGGACUGACUGAAGGCCAGAAGAUGAGUGCUUGUGUGGAGGAAGAGGAGGCCAGAGCAGAGUCUCCAGGAUCCAGCUGUCUGUCUCUGAAGAGUGACCAGUCCAAAGAUUAUCCGCUAUACUUCAGUAAUGAACCUGGACCCUCAGACACAAAAGGUCAGCACCACAGACAGAGAGCAGAGUCUCCAGGAUCCAGCUGUCUGUCUCUGAAGAGUGACCAGUCCAAAGAUUAUCCUAUAUACUUCAGUAAUGAACCUGGACCCUCAGUCACAAAAGGUCAGCACCACAGACAGAGAGCAGAGUCUCCAGGAUCCAGCUGUCUGUCUCUGAAGAGUGACCAGUCCAAAGAUUAUCCUCUAUACUUCAGUAAUGAACCUGGACCCUCAGUCACAAAAGGUCAGCACCACAGACGGAGAGCAGAGUCUCCAGGAUCCAGCUGUCUGUCUCUGAAGAGUGACCAGUCCAAAGAUUAUCCUCUAUACUUCAGUAAUGAACCUGGACCCUCAGUCACAAAAGAGACGGAGAAAAGUGAUGUUUCUGUGGAGGAGCAGAUGUCCUGCUGUGCUUUGUGUCAGGACGUCCUGAAGGAUCCAGUCUCUACCAGCUGUGGACACUGGUUCUGCAGACGGUGCAUCACCUCAUACUGGGACCAGUCUGCUUCAUCAGGAGGCUCCUCCUGUCCCCAGUGUGGAAAAAGCUCCAGAACAAGACCUGGACUGCAGACAGCCAGUCAGACCUGCACUGUACAAACAGGUGGUGGUCUGCAGGAGGUUUUAGAUGAACAUAAGAUCAGUCUGAGGAGGAGAUGUGAACGUGUGACUGAAGGAAGUGAUGAAACAGGAAGUGGAACCCUCCUCAACAGGAUCUACACUGAGCUCUACAUCACAGAGGGACAGAGUGAAGAGGUUAAUACCCAACAUGAGGUGAGGCAGCUUGAGACAGCUUCCAAGAUGGAGGCCCUCCAUGACACUCCAAUCAAGUGCCACGACAUCUUUAAGGCCUUACCCGGCCAACAGAGAAACAUCAGAGUCGUUCUGACGAAUGGCGUCGCUGGCGUUGGAAAAACCUUCUCAGUGCAGAAGUUCACUCUGCACUGGGCAGAGGGCUUGGAAAACCAAGACGUCAGUCUGCUGAUUCUGCUUUCGUUCAGGGAGCUGAACUUGAUCAGAGAUGAGCAGUACAGUCUUCUCGAGCUGCUCCAUGUUUUCCAUCCAACAUUACAGAAGGUCACAGCAGAGAAGCUCGCUGUCUGUAAACUUCUGUUCAUCUUUGACGGCCUGGAUGAAAGCAGACUUUCACUGGAUUUCCACAACAAUGAGGUCGUGUCUGAUGUCACACAGAAGUCAUCAGUCAACGUGCUGCUGACAAACCUCAUCAAGGGGAAUCUGCUUCCCUCGGCUCUCGUCUGGAUAACUUCCCGACCUGCAGCAGCCAAUCAGAUCCCUCCUUCAUGUGUUGGCAGGGUAACAGAAGUACGAGGCUUCACUGACGCCCAGAAGGAGGAGUACUUCAGGAGGAGAUUCAGUGAUGAAAAGCUGUCCAGCAGAAUCAUCUCACACAUCAAGACAUCCAGGAGCCUCCACAUCAUGUGUCUGAUCCCAGUCUUCUGCUGGAUCACUGCUACAGUUCUGGAGCACAUGUUGACUACAGACCAGAGAGGAGAGCUGCCCAAGACCCUGACUGACCUGUACUCACACUUCCUGCUGGUUCAGACAAAGAGGAAGAAGCAGAAGUAUGAUGAGGGACAUGAGACGAGUCCACAGGCGCUGACGGAGGCUGACAGGAAGGUUCUUCUGAAGCUGGGGAGGCUGGCGUUUGAACAUCUGGAGAAAGGAAACAUCAUGUUCUACCAAGAAGACCUGGAGCAGUGUGGUCUUGAUGUCACAGAGGCCUCGGUGUUCUCAGGAGUUUGUACAGAGAUCUUCAAAAGAGAGAGUGUGAUCUUCCAGAAACCAGUCUACUGCUUUAUUCAUCUGAGCGUUCAGGAGUUUCUGGCUGCCGUCUACAUGUUCAAUUGUUACAACAAGAGGAACAAAGAGUUACUAGAGUCUUUCCUCAGGAAGACAUCCCUGGAUGUUUUCCUGAGGAACGCCAUGGAGAAAUCCUUUCAAAGUAAAAAUGGCCACCUGGACCUGUUUGUCCGCUUCCUUCAUGGCCUCUCUCUGGAGUCCAACCAAAGACUCUUAGGAGGCCUGCUGGGUCGGACAGACAACAGUCCAGAAAUCAUCCAGAGAGCCAUCAACAACCUGAAGGAGAUGAACAGUGAUGAUAUCUCUCCUGACAGAAGCAUCAACAUCUUCCACUGUUUGAUGGAGAUGAACGACCACUCAGUACAUCAGGAGAUCCAAGAGUUCCUGAAGUCAGAGAACAGAUCAGAGAAGGAACUCUCUGAGAUCCACUGUUCAGCUCUGGCCUACAUGCUGCAGAUGUCAGAGGAGGUUCUGGAUGAGUUGGACCUGAAGAAGUACAACACAACAGCAGAGGGACGACUGAGACUGAUUCCAGCUGUGAGGAACUGCAGAAAGGCUCUACUUUCUGACUGUGGACUCUCAGCAACUCACUGUGAAGUUGUGGCCUCAGCUCUGAAGUCCAACCCCUCCCAUCUGAGAGAGAUGGACCUGAGUGGCAACAAGCUGCAGGAUUCGGUACUGAACCUGCUGUCUGCUGGACUGGAGAGUCCGAACUGUAGACUGGAGACCCUGAGAUUGUGGGGCUGCAGUUUGUCAGAGAUCAGCUGUGCUUCUCUGGCCUCAGCUCUGAAGUCCAACCCCUCCCAUCUGAGAGAGCUGGAGCUGAAUAACAACUACCUGCAGGAUUCAGGAGUGAAGCGGCUGUGUGGUUUUCUGGAGAGUCCACACUGCAGACUGGAGACUCUGAGAUUGUGGGGCUGCAGUUUGUCAGAGAUCAGCUGUGCUUCUCUGGCCUCAGCUCUGAAGUCCAACCCCUCCCAUCUGAGAGAGCUGCAGCUGAGUAAAAACUACCUGCAGGAUUCGGGAGUGAAGCUGCUGUGUGGUUUUCUGGAGAGUCCACACUGCAGACUGGAGACUCUGAGAUUGAGGAUGUGCAGUUUGUCAGAGACCAGCUGUGCUUCUCUGGCCUCAGCUCUGAAGUCCAACCCCUCCCAUCUGAGAGAGCUGAAGCUGAGUAACAACAACCUGCAGGAUUCAGGAGUGAAGCGGCUGUGUGAUUUUCUGGAGAGUCCACACUGCAGACUGGAGACUCUGAGAUUGUGGGGCUGCAGUUUGUCAGAGAUCAGCUGUGCUUCUCUGGCCUCAGCUCUGAAGUCCAACCCCUCCCAUCUGAGAGAGCUGAAGCUGAGUAACAACAAGCUGCAGGAUUCAGGAGUGAAGCUGCUGUGUGGUUUUCUGGAGAGUCCACACUGCAGACUGGAGACUCUGGGAUUGAGUCUCUGCAGUUUGUCAGAGAUCAGCUGUGCUUCUCUGGCCUCAGCUCUGAAGUCCAACCCCUCCCAUCUGAGAAAGCUGAAGCUGAGUAACAACAAGCUGCAGGAUUCAGGAGUGAAGCUGCUGUCUGAUCUUGUGAAGAGUCCACACUGCAGACUGGAGACUCUGAGAUGGAAGUGAUCUCUGUCAGAGUGUGACUGAUCAGAAAGGCGGUUGUGUUGAGAGGACCAGCUGUGUCCUGAUGAUCCAGAGGUUGAAGCAGCAGCUGGUGUGUGGAGAGGCUCUGACUGGGCCAUGUUACUGGGAGGUGGAGAGGAGAGCUUCACCCAGCAGUGACUGACGGAGGAAUCACAACAAGUGGAGAUGAGUCUCAGUGCUGCAGUCUGAACUGCUCUGAGAUCAGCUCCACUGUCAGACAAUGUAAAAGGAACAAGAAGUAGAAAAAGACGAGAGGCUAAGUAAAAAAUAUUCAGGAACAUGUUGCAUUAAGUGCAGGGUUAUAUUACACACACACACACACACGCACGCACGCACGCACGCACGCACGCACGCAUGCACACACACACACACACACACACACACACACACACACACACACACACGACAGGAACAACAAUGAUCCGACACUGAACAAAGGACUAAAUACCCUAAGGGAGGUGAGACAACGAGACACAGGGGCCAACAAUCAAAACUGGAGGGAAAGCAAACAAAGACAGGAAGUAAAACCACAAGACACACAAGGAGAGGAACACACUACAAAAUAAAACAGGAAAUGACAAAACCUCAACCUAUAACACAAGUAAAGUACAAGUGCCUCAAAAUUGUACUUAAGUACAGUCCUUGAGUAAAUGUACUCUGUUACUUUCCACCACUGACUGCCACUACUGCUGCUGUCACUGUAACUACUACUAACACUACUACAGCGAUUACUACUACUCAUCCAAACUGAACCAUCUGCUGCCUCUUAUUCAUUCAUUCUUCACCUUCAGUAAGUCUAGAUGUGGAAAGUGACUAAGGACAGUGCAUUUACUCAAGUACUGCACUUAAGUACAUUCUGGAGGUAAUUGUACUCCACUACACUGGAAGUAUUGGACUUUUUACUGCACUACUUUUACCUGACAGCUGUUAGCCUACUAGUUACUCUGCAGGUUCAGAUUUUACAAACAACACAUGGGCUCAGCAAAUAAAAUAUGAUGCAUGUUUACAGAUCACACAACCCAAGAAUAUGUAAAGUAUUUAAAUGAUCUCCAUCCACCUGCGUCAUCAACAGCAUUAAAAUGCUGCUCACAUCUGCAUAAUGACUAAAAUGUCUUUUUAUACUUUAGGUAUAAAUACUUCUGUACUUUUACAUAAAAUUUUGAAUGCAUAACUAAAAAACUGCCACCAUUAAUACUUUUGGACUACUUUUACUACUUUUAAAAACACAAACAUUACCACUUCCACCCUCCGAUAAUACUUCAGUGAAUACUUCAGUGAAUUAAACUUUGAUUGUGGUUGUAUUUUAUU